AUUUAAUUUCCAUCAAUCUUCACAAACAUAUACAAUCACUUCAACCGCUACCUUCAUCAGAUUCGACGGUCAUGAACAUUCUCCAACAAUCUUCACAUUCAUCAACUUUCUAUCGUCGAUCAAAACGAUGGUCAAUUGAUCAUCUCAAGUUCAUCGGCCCUGGCAUCGUUGCUUCUGUUGCUUAUCUAGAUCCGGGCAAUUGGGCUACAGACAUUGAAGCCGGUUCAACUUAUGGAUAUCCUCAUCUCUUCGUCGUCCUGGCAGCUUCUCUCAUGGCUAUCCUAUUGCAAAUACUUUCGACUCGACUAGGCUAUGUCACUGGUAAAGAUCUAGCUCAACACUGUCGACUUGCUUUAUACGAUCGGCCAACUCAUAAAAAAUUAUGGAGAUGGUGUGCUCUCUAUCCGCUUUAUGCGAUUUGUGAAGCCGGUAUCAUAUUCACCGAUCUCGCCGAACUCAUUGGUUCUGCAAUGGCAUUGAAGAUGCUGUUUCCGGGCUUACCACUUUACGGUGGUGUUUUGCUCACCUCCUUGGAUGUCUUCGUAGUCUUGGCUUUCUUUAACACAUAUCCAUCAGCUUCAAAUAAGACUUCUACUCUUAUAUUCGAACUUCUCAUCACAAUCCUCGUUUUCGCUGUCUUGAUUUCGUUUGUCAUCUUACUCGUCAAGGUUUCGCCUCGUUGGCCAGACGUUUUUGAAGGCUUCAUUCCCAGCGCCGGAAUGAUCAAGAAUGGAGCACUCUAUCAAGCAAUUGGAAUCAUUGGUGCUACGGUCAUGCCACACGCGUUAUUUUUAGGAUCCAAGGUGGCCAUUCUUGACCGCGUGAUGUGGAACGAUGAUUGGGAGACUCGCAGUGAUGACAAAUCGCCACAAGAGGACCUGUGUGACACUGAAAUGCCUGAUAAUUCAGAUUCAACCGAUCUGCAUGCCAUCAAUAGAUUGCCUGCUGUCCUUUCACCUUGCCAAGGCGUCAAGCGACGAGCAUGGAAUCAAAUAGAUCACCGCAUGGUGGAUAACCCGGUCGAUUACAUCCACUCUCAUCUCGGUCACGCUAGUUUUGACAUCGCUCUCUCCCUUUUCACUCUCGCCCUUCCCGUUAACGCUGCCAUCCUCAUUGUCGCAGCUUCAGCAUUUUAUUAUACUGAAAAUGAGCACAUCGUCGUUGCAGAUCUCUUAUCAGCUCAUGAACUACUCGCAACGAGGAUUGGUAAAGGUUCUGCCUAUGUCUUUGCAAUUGCGCUUUUGCUAUCAGGACAAGCUGCUUCGAUUACAGUCACCUUAUCUGGUCAACUCGUGUCUGAAGGUUUUUUGAAAUGGCGGACGAACCCUGUUGUUAGGCGGAUCGUGACGAGGUUAAUUGGAAUUGUGCCUGCAGCUGCAGUGGCAGGCUCGGUAGGGCUCAAAGGAAUGGAUGACGUAUUGGUUGGAAGUCAGGUGGCUCUCAGUCUUGUUCUACCCUUUGUGAUUGCACCUCUCUUGGUGUUUACCUCGAACAAAGAUACUAUGUCAGUAGGGAUAGACCCCCCUGAGACUCUGCCACCUCCAAGCUCUUCACCUAAACUGGCCACCUCAGGGAAUCGUGACGAUGUUCAGUCGAGAGUGGUUGAAAACGAUCACGAAGGGCCUGUGAUAUCAGAGGAAUCAAAAGUCAUACCACACUUCGCAAACGGCAAGUUUAUCGUGAUCCUCACAUCUGCCAUCUUAGUAAUGAUGUGUGCAGCAAAUGCGUAUGGGAUUAUUCAAUUGGCAAUGGGUCGAUGAUCAAACAACAUUGAGGAUGACCUUCAGAUGAAGUCGAUUGUUUCUGUCAUAUGCAUAGAGAGUUUUCUACACGUAUUAUGUUUUAUGGCUUUGUUUUAUGAAGUUGAUGAUGAGUCUUGAGGUUAGGUUCCAGAUAAGUACAUGUACAUUGUGAUUUAUUUAUGUGAAAUAUUUAGUCUUUUAUAUCAUGUUGAAUUGUAUUGAAAGAUUUUCUCUUUACAAAACUUGAGGGUUUUUGAUAUCCCAAUUUCAAAACAGAACCAUGUGAUAUGUUAGUUUUGGUGUUGAAAAUUCUGUAUAUGUGAUGUUGUGGAAGUUGGUAUAGUAUCUGACAGGAAAUCAGAAAUCAUAUUGAAAGUUUUUCAAAGUUGUUAUUAGAGAUCUUAAAAUGAAGCAAUGACCAAAUUUAUUGAACUAAC